UUGUCAUUGUCAUAGAAUACCCGCGAAACGAAGAUCGAAUCGAACCAGCCAGAUAGAACCGUCUUUUAUUCCUACUUGAAGCUUUUCUUCAAGAAAACACAGAUUUCCUUCAAAUAAAUCUUUUUUUUACUUUGUGUAGGUAACACAAUGAAUGGUAAACCCGAAACUCAGACUGAACAUGAGGAAUACCAAUAUUUACAUCUUGUGAAGAAGAUCAUAGAUACUGGUGACAAAAGAGUUGACCGCACAGGUGUUGGUACUCUUUCUAUUUUUGGAGCUAUGCAAAGAUAUUCUCUAAAGAAUAAUACUUUGCCACUACUUACGACAAAAAGAGUAUUCACAAAAGGAGUAAUUUAUGAGCUUCUUUGGAUGCUCUCUGGGUCAACUGACACUAAGGCUCUUGCUGAAAAGGGAGUACAUAUUUGGGAUGCCAAUGGAUCUCGAAGUUUCCUUAAUAAUCUGGGAUUCACAGACAGAGAAGAAGGUGAUCUUGGCCCUGUCUAUGGUUUUCAAUGGAGACAUAGUGGUGCUAAAUAUGUUGAUGCUAAAUCAGAUUACACUGGACAAGGAAUUGAUCAAAUUCAAAAGGUUAUUGACACAAUUAAAAAUAAUCCAGCAGAUCGAAGAAUGUUGGUAUGUGCAUGGAACCCUUCUGAUUUAGGCAAGAUGGCACUACCUCCUUGCCAUUGCCUGGCACAGUUCCAUGUGGCCAAUGGCAGAUUAAAUUGCCUACUUUACCAAAGGAGUGCCGACAUGGGACUGGGUGUUCCCUUCAAUAUAGCCAGUUAUGCUAUGCUUACUCACAUGAUUGCACAUGUGACAGGUUUAGAGGCUGGUGAAUUUGUGCACACAACAGGUGAUACUCAUGUUUACAUGAACCACAUUAUCCCUCUCACUGAGCAGUUGAAGAGGGAGCCCAGAUCUUUCCCCACUUUGAUGUUUGCUCGCAAAGUUGAAUCUAUUGACGAUUUUAAAUUCGAAGAUUUUAUCAUUGAGGGCUACAAACCACACCCAAAAAUUGAAAUGGCAAUGGCUGUUUAAAUGCAUUUAGGUUUAACAAAUUGUGGUAAACAUAUUGGUUAUAAACUAAAUAUUAUAUUAAUUUACUUCUAAAUAUUUUUUUAAGCAUUAAUAUUUUAAAUAGAAAUUAAUGUAAGUGAAACUUACGUAUGUCAUAAAAGAUAAAUAAAUGGUAUUAAAACUA